ACGACAUCGAUAAUUUAAUUGCAGGCCUGCUUUUCUUCACCCGCGGCAAAGGCAUUCACGUACUCUGCUAUCGAAUUUUCAGGCACAGCCCAGUGCAAGCAACCAAGGUAAGGCAGUGAGUGGCUUUAUAAGCCAUAGGCCGAGGACGCCGUGUCCAUGCUUUACAUCGGUACCGCAACUAGGCCCGGCUCCGGAUUGUGGAUUCUCGAUUUAAAUCCGAAAGCUUCCACCCCGACGCCUUCUUUGACUUGACUCACUCGGUGCCCUAUACUCGGGCUGCAUUAACCAGCUUUGGCGGUAGCUUCCCAUUUCACUGACCAGGCUAUCUCGAGUUAUUAUUGUCUGAACACGCAGUAUCCAGUUUCACCCCGGACAAGUCAAGUUCCUUGACUAUCAGAACAGACCAAAGUCUACUCCGCGCUACCCUCCACCGGUCCCAUGAUUCUAUCCCGAUGCCGGGCCAGGCUGCGUCCAGCCUGCCGCCGUUUUCGGAUGGAAGUGGGCAGCGGCGCUUCCGGGUCGCGCCCGUCGAGUACCGUCGCGAGACAAGUCCGCCAACCGAACGCCCCAUUCCGACUGGCCGUCGUUGGCUCCGGUCCAGCAGGCUUCUACUCUGCCUACCGCGUGAUGUCCCAACUCCCAGAGACUACGGUGGACAUGUAUGAGUCGCUGCCGGUACCGUUUGGCCUCGUCCGCUUCGGCGUUGCCCCAGAUCAUCCCGAAGUCAAGAACUGUCAGGACAAAUUCACAGAAGUUGCGGCCUCGCCUAAGUUUAACUUCAUGGGUAACGUGACCAUAGGCGACGUCGGCCGUCAUCCCGACAGCUGCAAUGUGCCCUUUCCCACCUUGUUGCGAAAUUAUGAUGCAGUGUUACUCGCAUAUGGAGCCGCAAAGGAUAGAACCCUCGGCAUCCCUGGAGAAUCCAAUCUCCAAGGCGUCUACUCGGCUCGCCAGUUUGUGGGCUGGUAUAAUGGGCUCCCCGAGUAUGCCGAUUUGUCACCCGAUCUCACGAAAGGAGAUGAGGCUGUCGUAAUUGGUCAGGGCAACGUAGCCCUGGACGUUGCUAGAAUGCUCCUGGAGGAUAUCGAUGCCCUGCGGCGGACAGAUAUCACAGAAGAGGCCCUUGCCCAGCUUGCAACCUCUCGUGUUAAGAGAGUUCAUGUCGUUGGAAGACGAGGUCCAAUGCAGGCCGCGUUCACAAUUAAGGAAGUAAGGGAGUUGAUGAAGAUUCAAAGUGUUGGCUUUCAUCCGGUGGACAGCACGCUCAUACCCCCAGACAUCAAGUCACUUCCAAGAGCAGCAAAGCGCUUAAUGGAAGUGGUCGCCAAGGGCUCCGUGUCUCGUCCAGACGAUGUCGAGAAAUCGUGGUCACUCGACUUCUGCUUGAAUCCCGUUGAGUUUUCAGCCAACCAAAAUUCUCCUACCGAUGUUGGGAGUACCGUGUUCGAGAGGACGGAACUGUCUCACAAGUUUGAUCCCGGUGCUCAAGCUCGGCUUACCGGAGAAACUGUCACGGUGCCUUCGAACUUGGUCUUUCGUUCCAUUGGCUAUAAGUCCAUUCCCUUGCCCGGUUUCAAAGAGGCCGGUGUAGCAUUUGAUGACCGCCGAGGUGUCGUGAUGAACGAUGGACGCGGCAGAGUUGCUGCAGUAGAUCAGAAAGAAGCGUCUGAAGCGACACAGUCAGGUGUAACCCCCGGUGUCUAUUGUGCCGGUUGGGUUAAACGAGGACCGACUGGCGUCAUUGCCUCGACUAUGCAGGACGCCUUUGAGACGGGCGAUUCUAUCAUUCAAGAUUGGCUGUCUGGUUUGCAAUUCCUGUCUGCGGGCAAGGAGAAGCCCGCGGCAGGAUGGGAUGGAGUCCGCAAAGAAAUCGGUGACUCAGCUCAUAGGAGAACAAGCUGGGAAGACUGGCAAAGAAUUGAUGGCGUAGAGAAGGAAAAGGGUCAGGCCGCGGGCAAGGAGCGGGAGAAAUUCACGUCCACCAAGGCUAUGCUUGAGGUCCUGUCAUAGAAUACGGCACUCUAGUCCAAUGUAGAAAUACCC